UAGAUAACGUGUUUUGACAAAAGUUUUAGACUGUGAUAAAAAUGACGAGCCCACAAUUUAAUUAGAAAAUUAAAAAUCUAGUGAUUUACCAAAUAUGACUGUGUGGCGAAAACUCGAAAAUGAGGACUGCUACGCCGUUGCUGUGUAUAACUUCAACUCGUCGAAGCCGUUCCACUUGCCGCUGGCCGUGGGCGAGCUGGUGCACCUGGAGCGGGAGACGGAGCUGUGGUACUGGGGCAGCAGCAUACGCCGCGACGCGAGCGGUGCCUUCCCCAAGGCCUACGUCACCAUCCGCGACUGCAAUGUAUACAGGUGCGGCGAGACGGUGGUCGCCUCGGCGGGCGGGAGCGGCGUGGUGCACGACAUAGCCGUGACGCUGCGGGAAUGGCUCCAACACUGGAAGCUUCUCUACACGACCAACGACGACCGCUUCAAGUUCAUGGAGGUGAGCAUGCGCGCCCUGCUGGAGCUGCGCGCGCAGGCGGCGUCGGGCGCGCUGCCGCUGGACCUGCUGCGCCGCGUGGCGCGCACCGCCGUCUUCACCAUCGACAAGGGCAACCGGGCGCUGGGCAUGGAGCUGGCCGUGCGCGACGUGAACGGCCAGCUGGUGGACCCGCUGGCCACGUCCACCUUCAAGCUCAACGCGCUGCACGACGAAGCCAACGCGAGGAUCGACAAGAAUAUGGAGAGCACGCCCGCGAGCCGGCCGGCCAGCACCGCGGGCGGCGCGCGCUCGUUCGGCGUGCUGGUGAGCGUGAAGAACUUCGUGUGCCGCGCGCGCGCCGCGGCCGAGCUGGCGCUGGCGCUGCACGACGCGGCGGGCGCGCAGCUCACCGAGAGCGUGCGGCUGCGCUGGCCGCCCGCGCGCGGCGCAGACCUGCUGGCCGCGCCCUGCGGCGUGUUCGGCGAUCUGGGCAGUGACAUAAAGAAGGAGAAAAUUUUUUUAGUAUGCCAUGUUGUCCGGAUAGGCCCCAUGGAACCGCAGAAUAUAGAUCACAGGCGCAGCUCGGUGAGCCCGGGCGCGGCGCCGGCGCCCGUCGGCGGCAUGCGCCGGCCCUUCGGCGUGGCGUGCGCCGACGUCACGCAGCACCUGGCCGCCGACCACUCCGACAAGGAGAUCCAGCUGCCCUUCUACCCGUGUGAAAAAGAAAAUAAUAUGGAUUCUCUCCUCAAGAAGGUGAUCGCGAACCGCGAUCUUAAAGACCAAAAACAGGCGCAGGGCCUUUGGGUGUUUCUGCAAAUGGUUGAAGGAGAUUUAAAACAGAUAAGGCAAGAAAACCCGCACAUAGUGGUUGGGAAUACGGCUUUUGCACGCAAGAUGGGUUUCCCCGAGGUGAUAUUGCCGGGCGACGCUCGCAACGACCUCUACGUGACCUUGUGCAGUGGCUCCUUUUCCAAGGGCGGAGGGAAGACCUCCGAGAGGAACAUCGAGCUGGUGGCCAGGGUCGUGGACAAGAACGGACACACUGUGCCGGGUGUGAUCUCCGUGGGCGCCGGCGUGCCGCUCGUGAACGAGUACACGUCCGUGGUGUAUUACCACGACGACAGACCGCGCUGGCAGGAGGUGUUCAAGGUGUGCCUCAACAUCGACGAGUUCAAGGAGGCGCACGUGGUGUUCCUGCUGCGCCACCGCAGCUCCAACGAGGCCAAGGACCGCGCCGAGCGCCACUUCGCGCUGGCCUACCUGCGCCUCAUGCAGCCCGAGGGCACCACCACGCCCGACACGCAGCACAGCCUCGCCGUCUACAAGAUCGACUACAAGCGCGCGGGCGGCGCGGAGGCGGAGGCGGCGGCCGCGUGCCUGGGCCUGCCGUGGCGGCGCGACGAGCUGCCGGCCGGCUGCGACCGCGGCCUCACGCGCGGCCCGCUGGCGCUGCUGCCCCGCGACGCGCUGCUCGUGGCCACGCGCCUGUGCUCCACCAAGCUCACGCAGCGAGAGGAGAUCCUCGGCGUGCUGAAGUGGAGCACGCACCACGCGGAGGACACGCUGCGCGAGGCGCUGCGCCGCCUGCAGCGCGUGCCCAACGACGAGCUCGUCAAGUUCCUGCAGGACAUCCUCGACGCGCUCUUCAGCAUCCUCACGCAGAUCGACGAGGAGGAGGCGCAGUACAGCGAGCGCAGCUACGCGGUGCUGGUGCUGGACUGCCUGCUGCAGGUGAUCGCGCUGGUGGCCGACCACAAGUACCAGCACUUCCAGCCCGUGCUGGCCGUGUACGUGGAGCGCAGCUUCUGCGACGCGCUGGCCUACGAGAAGCUGAUAUCCAUCAUGGUGUGGGCCAUCCGCUCGGCGGAGGCGGGCGAGCUGGCGUCCAAGCGCCUGCUGCAGUGCAUGAAGUGCCUGGAGAGCCUCACGCGCGUGCUCGUGCGCUCGCGCCAGCUGCGCGCCGCGCUCGGCUCGCGCGCCACCGCCGCGCCCGCCGCCGCGCCCGCCGGCGAGCCCGCCGACGAGCCCGCCUACUGCCCGCAGCUGCAGAACCUGCUGGAGGCGCUGGUGUGGCUGAUGCGCUGCGGCGACCACGCGCUCACGUGCCAGGGCUCGGCGCUCAAGUACCUGCCGCACGCCGUGCCGCACAUGAUCCGCAUCUACCCCGACACGCAGCUCUGUGAAUACAUAGUAUUGGCACUUGAAGCCCUACCCUUGGGGCGUCUCUCGAACCAAAGACUUCACGCUCUAUUGGAGUUGGUCCGGGGCCCGCUCGGCGCCUCAGAAGGCCCGCGGGCGAAGCUCCUACCGCACCUCGCCUCCACCCUUAGAGCUCUGCUGCGAGCGCCCGCUGAGCUGGACAACGCCGCGCACAAGUCGCGCUCGGCGGGCAAGGCGGCGCGCCUGCUCGGCGCCGACACGGCCAGCCUGCUCGACCACACGCAGCAGAUGCAGAUCGUGGAGCUGUGCGUGGAGACGCUGGGCGAGGUGGCGGCGCUGCUGGCGCGCGGCGACGUGGGCGCGGUGGCGCGCGACCGCGGCGAGCUGGCGCGCGCGCUGCUGCCCACCGCGCUGCGCAUCGCGGCCGCCACGCUGCAGGAGCGGCGCGACGACGCCGCGAGGGACGACCCGCUGCUGCGUAAACUCAUCUGCGUGCUCCUCGACAUGGUGCGACAGAUGUCCGAAGAGCAGUACGCAGUUGUGAUGCGGUCGUUGGACGCGGAGGGCUCGGGCCGGUCCAACGCGCUGGUGACCGACGCGUUGGCCCUGAUGAUGUCUCUGUUACAGCGGCCCGUGUUCAGGCCGCACUGGGCGGACAUGUUGCACUUGCAACACCACGUUAUGUUACACGCACUUAGGUUGCUGGCCACGAGCGUGCGCGCCAACCUGGACGGCGCGGAGGCGGCGGGCGCGCGCGCGGCGCUGCCGGCGUGGUUCCGCGCGCUGGGCGCCGUGGCCGCGUCGCCCGCCGUGCAGCUGGAGCGGCUGGGCGCGGCGCGGCGGGCCCGCGCGCGCGCGCUGUACGGCGACCUGCGCCGCGCCGCCGCCGCGCUGCUGGCCGACACGUGGUUCGGCCUGGAGCAUCACAAGCGGCACUUCAUCACUCCGCUGGUGGAGCCGUUCCUGGAGGUGAGCUUCCUCUGCGACGAGGAAGUGAGGAACACCACCAUACCGCUCUUCUUCGACAUGAUGCAGACCGAGUUCCAGCACACUUCGGAGACAGGCGAGGGCAACCUACGCUCGUUCGAGAACGAGCUGAUCGACAAGCUGGACGUGCUGGCGGAGGCGGGGCGCGGGGACGCGGCGUGGCGCGCGCGCUUCGUGAGCCUGUGCGGCGCUCUGUGCGCCGCCUCGCCGCCGCUGAGGGAGGCGGGCGCGGAGCUGGUGGCGGCGGCGGCGCGCCAGCUGGACGCGCUGCUGACGUACCGCGCGGCGCCCGUGCAGCAGCGCAUGUACCUCAUCACCAGCGUGCUGCGCUUCUACGAGGAGAUCGCGCGCCCGCACAUGUACAUCCGCUACGUGCACCGGCUGGCCGCCAUGCACCGCGCGGCGGCGCACUGGGCCGAGGCGGGGCUGGCGCUGCAGCUGCACGCCAAGCUGCUGGCGUGGAGCGACGCGCCGCUGCCGCCGCGCCUGCGCCACCCCGCCGCGCCGCACGACCACCGCACGCACCUGCAGCUCAAGGUCAGCCUGUACGAGGAGGUGGCGCGCCUGCUGGACGCGGGGCAGCAGUGGGAGCUGGCCGUGCGCGUGGUGCAGCAGCUGGUGGCGCAGUGCGAGGCGCGCGGCGCCCGCCACGCCGCGCUGGCCGCGCUGCACGAGCAGCUGGCGCGCCUCUACCGCGCGCCGCUGCGAGAGACGCGCCUGCGCCACGCCUACUUCCGCGUGCGCUACCUGGGCCGCGGCUUCCCCGCGCACCUGCGCCACCCCAAGGGCUUCGUGCACCGCGGCGAGGAGUGCGACAUGCUGCACAGCUUCAAGGAGCGCAUGCUGGACGAGUGGCCCGAGGCCGAAGUGCUGCUCAAGCUGGACGAGCCGCCCGACGACAUCGUCCACUCCGACGGACAGUAUCUCCAAAUCAACGCGGUGACGCCCGUGAUGGCGGAAAAGUGGCAGUGGCUGCUGGACACGCCGGUGGAGGACCGCGUCCUGCGCUACUACGAGCACAACAACGUCAGCAAGUUUGAGUACUCCAGGCCCUUCCACAGGCCCGAGGACUCGAUAGUCACCGGCGACUCCAAGGAGGACGUGUCCGGCGCCAACGAGUUCGCGACGCGCUGGCUCGACCGCACCGAGCUGCAGAUCAGCGACCCCUUGCCGGGCAUCCUGCGCUGGUUCCCGGUGACGAGCAGUCGCAGCUACGCCGUGUGCCCGCUGGGCGUGGCGGUGGAGACCAUGGCGCGCACCAACCGCGAGCUCAAGAGCGUGGUGCUGGAGGCGCGCGAGCCCGCCGCGCCGCUACACCCGCUCACGCUCAAGCUGCAAGGCAUCCUGGACUCGGCGGUGCAGGGCGGGCUGGUGAACUACGAGCUGGCGUUCCUGACGCGCGAGUACGCGGCGCGCCACCCCGAGCACGAGGCGCUGCUGCAGCGGCUGCGCGACCACAUCGCCGACCAGGUGCCGCUGCUCAAGAGCGGGCUGGACGUGCUGGCGGCGCGCGCGCAGCAGGCGUCGCUGCUGGCGCACCUGGCGGCGUGCUUCCGCCAGAUGCAGCAGCACGUGCAGCAGCGCUACGGCAAGCGGGCCAGCGAGCCGGAGGAGGCGCCCGAGGUGCAGCUGCGCGCGCCGGCCCGCCGCGCCGCCGACGCGCCCGCCAGCCGCGGCUCCGACGUCUCCGCCGGCAACGAAUCGACGCCGAACAAGUCGAAGUUUGUUAGCUCCAAAAUAAACUCAGCGUUAAGCAACUGGGCGAGAAAUAGCACCAGUGGCACGUUGCCACCGAAAAAACGAGGUAGAAAGAGCGACGUGAGCCUGCAGUCGAGCGCCAGCCAGUGGUACACGUCGACCACCAACGGCAACAGCCCCAACAGCCUCAGCAGCCUCCAGCAGGUUAACAGCCUCAACAGCCUGCACAGCGCCAUCAACAGCAUGGUAACGGGCGUCAACGGCAACGGCUCCCUCGGCGGCGUGAUGGACUCGCCGGCGUCGCCGCUGCGGGAGUUGCGCCAGGAGCUGGUGACGGAGCGGCCGCCGCGCGGGGAGGCGGAGCGGCGCGCGUCGCAGCGCAACAGCCUGGUCCCGUCCGAGCCGCCGUCCAACCGCGACUCGCUGGGCACGACCGACUCCAACCAGGAGGACGAGGAGCCGCCGCCGCUGCCGCAGAAGCAAUCGCACCGCAGCGCGGAGCUGGACGCCGAGAACAACAACGACCCCGCCGCGCCCGCCACGCGCUACAACUACGACCUGGUGGUGUCGCCGCGCAACUCCUACCUCUACCAGUCGCGGCGCCGCAACACUUGCGAGCGCCUGCCGCCCAGCUGCGAGAAGGCGCCCACCCCGCCGCCCAAGAAACGCAACCAGAACAACGCGUGACCUCCCCCUCCCACCCCCUCCUACCCCGGCCCUCACAUCCCACCUAUGAACCCGACUCUGAUGGGCGUUGAUCCCAAGAGGACAAAAACGGACCCCGCUCCAGCAGCAUCCAUGCUCCGGUAGGCCGAUUCUGUAUCACGCGAACCAUCAAUAUGCAGCACACCGAGUUCAAACACUGACAGGUAAUUUGGUGCCAACUGAGAUACAGAAUCGCCCAUCAGUGUUGUGACAUAUCGAAAUAAUUAGUGGUAUUUGCAAUGUGAGCUAGUAUGCGUGGCACAGAUGUUUGUUAUGAGCAAUUUUUGAACCAGCUGUCCGCAACCGAUUGAAGGCAUACACAUUUUUGGGCGACAAUGCGCGGCAGCUAAGUGACAUUACUCUAAAUUCAAUAUGGGUGACCAUUAAAAAACAACAAUAUUGAAAGAUGAUCCGAGGUCCGUUGUCGGUAUUUUUGUUUGCUCAUAAACUGACGUCUAAAAUAGAAAAGUUAGUUUUCGAUUUCUAAAUAAAGUUAGGCUGAGAGCUAUGCUUGGAAUAUAAAUGACGAGAUCCGAAGCUGAAGUUGCAAUGGGCGGGUACCUCGAAGAUGGCCGUGACUAGAGACCUGGCACUCAAAAGUGUUGGUGUACCUUCCACUAGGUGGAAAGACGACAUCAAACGAGUCGCAGGGAGUCGUUAGCCCAAGCGGGAGCAAGGACAAAAUCGUAACGAGUGGAAAUCCCUUCAAAAGACCUGCGCCCAGCAGUGGACGUCCUCUGGUUGUCAUCAUAAAAGAACUUUACACAGAGAAUGGGUUUGGAAAUCGGGUAUAGUUGGCUAGGGGCGUGCAGAUCCCCGGAGCACUAAUUUCUUGGACACAAAUCUUGACAGCAUUCCGAUUGUUAAGCAUUUUAAUAGAGUCUGCUUACGUUGGAUUCAAAACCUGUUGAAGCUUUAAGUCAGUCUUCCGGCAUACACAAGACUGUAUGCAUUGUAUUAUUUUUGAUAUUAUUAAGUUUAUUUCCAGUCUACUUAAUUUUGAAACCUUAGUUAAAUUAUGUUAACUGAUCAGGAUCAAGCUAAUGUUAAAACAAUUAUGUUGGAGCCCAAUACACUUCCGAUCAUAUUGUAAUCACUAAGCAAGCUUUAUACAUUUUACGUAAAUGAUCGGAUUUUUUAUACAAAGGAAGUAUACUUAUAGUAUAAUGUAGUAAGCCACUUGAUACAGGCACUAAUUUAAAGGUUUAAUAAAAAUUAUAACGAUUACGGCCACUGGCUGAGUAGUCACUCAAAUAGGAGUACCUACUCUCCUAACACUUUAACACAUUUAGGCUGGCUAUAAUUAUUGUGUGUAAACGUACACGGUUAAACAAUCACGCUACGUAACUUCAUAUCGCUAUACUUUUUUAAUUUAUCUACCAAUGAUUUUGAAAACGUUAAAAUAACAGUGAAGUUUCAGGGUUGCCUUUUACAAGUGUUCAGGUAGUAGACCUAUAUAUUUCUUAUUUACCACUCAUGUAUUCGACCGUUGGCAGUUGUAACAUUAUUUGUAUGCUGCUUUGCUUAUGUUUGCUGCGCGUCGACCAAAUGGCUUAUUAUAAUCAAAUCAAAGUAUAAAUAAUUCGUAUCCAAAACUUGUAGUGCCAUAAUAACUGUUAUAGUCAGUAAAAAGUUACCACCUUUCUUUUUUAUAUUAAAAUGUAUUCGAAGUAGAUGACUGUAGUUUAAAAGUGUACAAUUUCUUUUAAUUUAAACUCACUCAUGACUGCAGCUUUUGACAAUUGCAUCCAAAUUCUACAGUUGUAUCCUCUUAAGUGGUACAUGCCGUCAUAGAUUUUUUCUUUUACUAUUAUAGAGAGAACCUUAAAACUGAAUCUUUUUACGAUAUAAACAGACUCGUGACGAGACUAGGAGAUCCUAAAAAAAUUCGUAAAUACAUUCCUAAACUGAAACACUUGUUGAAAUUUAAGCGCACCUUAAACUAAUUUUGUUACAUUAAUUUAAACAUGUCUAAAGGUCAGAAUUUUGAUGGUCAAUCUAUGAAAUAGUACCGUUACUGACUGAGUGACUGAUAGUGAACUUACUGUUAGUCAAAGCAAUGUCAAUAAAGACGGAAUAUGUAUAAUUAAGACAUCCUAAUAAAUAAUCCUUUGAAGAAAAGGUAUUUUGAAAACUAACCUUUAACUUUUGAUUUUGGGCAUAAAAGAUGCGCGACUCUCAUAUAAUUAUUUGAGUAAGUUUUAUCAUCAUAUUGAUAUCCCACAGCUGGGCGCAAGCCUCCUCUGACAUCUGAGAGGUUUUGCUAUAUUUAGUCUAUUUACAAUCCCUAUUUUAAAGUUUUCGGUUAAUCAAACCUUGUGUAUAAAAUAGAUUUAAUUGCUUUUGUCUUCAUCAAAGUCAGCAGAAAUAGCGGGCAUCAAUAUGUUUUUCAUGAGUGCUAAAUUUUAACAAGCGUUUUAGUAUUUAGGUAAAUAGUGCCUUAUGUUAGAACAAGCGUUUAGGACAUAAUUUUAAUUAUAAGUAUCAAAGAUAUUGUAAAUUAUUUUCCAAGAGAUAUUUUAUAUUUUAAGGUUUUAUAGAGAUUUGUAAUUUUUUUUAGUUUCUAUUUUAGAUGUAGUUAUAAAAAGUGCUAAUUCUCUACAAGUUUUAAAAUAAAUAAACGUCAAAAUAGAGUCUGCGUUAAAUCUGUAAUUUUUACCAUUACGUGGUCGAAACUCUGCAGACUAAAAAUAAUACUUUUUUUUUUAUGUGAAAUCACUAAAGUUCGUCGACUGCUACAAAACUUACAAAAAAAAUGUUUAUCAAGAAAACAUAAUAGUUACUUAACUUUGGCUUAUUUGGAAACAGAGAUACAUGAUCUGUGAAACUUUCAACUGUCUAACUAUCACGAUUCAUGACAUACAGCCUGGUGACAGACAGACGGACAGCGGAGUCUUAGUACUAGGGUACGGUUAUUUAUACCCAUUGGGUAUGAGACCCCAACAACCCGAGGUUUAUAGGGUCGACCUGCGAAGUGAACCUGUUUUAUAUAUCAUAUGAAUUAGUGGGUAGAAAAAACAUCAAAGAGGUUCGAUGACAGCAACAAAUAAUCGUUAGAAUAUUGUAUUUAUCUAAUUCAUGAAUUUCGAAAAAAGGUAUUUUUAUUCAUAUUGGAAGUGAGAUUUAUAUUUAUUUUCAGUAAAUGAAAUUGCAAUAUCUAGCGAUCCGCCAUGACGGGUGAAACGGCGAAUUCCAAAUUAUGACGUCACGUCUAUAUAAACAUAAUUUGGUACCGCUUGAACUUCCGAAAAUCUCUGCGUAUGGAACAAGGCUUACCGAUGCUCUAAUUUGCCUGUGACGUCACGAGUAGGUACAGCCGCGGCAAUUAUAAUAUUAUUAAUACAAACAAAAACAAAACAGAAAACAAACUUAAUAAAUAUUUUAGAUAUAGUAGAAACUUCCAAAAAUCUUAGGGCAAUUUUUGAAAAUUACAUAUUGCUUUCAAGCUAAACACUUUCAUUCUUAUGUGGUUUGCUUAAAUCGACGUAAGACGAUACGUAUGUCACAAUGAAGCGAUGUUAUCAAUGCGGACACAAAAAGUUAUAAACUCUUGUACCUCACCACCUAUUUAUAUCAUUCAACUUAUCCUUUCACGUUCAUCUUAUUGAUAUACACUCAUGUACAUUGCGUGAAGCUGUGCGCCCACGGGCUACUCCAAAUUGUGCCUGCUCUCAUGAAAUUUUUACUGAUAAUACUCGGAGAGAACUUGCGCCACCCGUGGACGCACAGCUAAAAGCGUUAGCACACAUCCACCGCUGUAACUCCGCCAUUACUUGCAGUUGUAUGACAGGCGAAACGAGUGCUUGAAAACAAAUAGUAUGGUCAAGAACGGCUCGUAUUAAAAUCUAUGCAUAAGUAGUGAAAAAAACCGCAGUAUUUAUUUCGAAAUUUUUAAUUAUUUAAUACAAUUUUAAAUUGUAUGUCCUAAAGUUCUAAAUUUUCUCAGACAUCUGUCCAAUAACGAAACUAUACCUACGAGCCUCGUCAGUACUCCGGAUAGGCAGGAAAGUAAAAGGUCGGCUAGACUGUUAUUCGUGCCCGUACUUUAUCGUCCAGCGCUGGGCCUGGUGACGUCAUACCGCUACAAAAUGGCUGAUCUACACUCAGCAGUUCCGCGGCCGAAGUGUACUAAGCUUUAAACCUCGUCGCUAUAGGUAUUGUCAUAUUAAUGUAUAAAAAACAUGUACUCAUUGUAACACCGAUGUAUAUAAAUUAUUAUAAUAAUAAUUCAAUGUUAUCUUAAUGAACAAGUUAUUAA